UAUAUUUUACACGUUCUUACACUGUAAAGAUACUUUUCAAUUCUUACCAUGGUAUCAGCCAAACAACGUUCUUAAGCCUCCAACCCCAACGCCUUCCAUGGCCGAACCCUCCAGCCCUCCUCCUUCUUCUUACCUACUUCACCUCUCUGAUUCUCCUAGCCUGAUUAUCGUCUCUAGCCAACUUACUGGAGAUAAUUACCCCAAAUGGAAAAAAGCCAUGACUAGUGCAUAAUUUAUUUCUGAGUCUAACAGGUAAUUAUCUUCUGUGCGUAGUUCUGAUCUGCAUACUGCAUACAUGCGUGCAGGUUAUUCUUUCUUUCUUAUCAUACUGUGCACAGCUAGGUUUUGAGGGAAACCGGUUUUUCCAGACAGUGUGGACACCCUUCAUCAAGAGUCUCGCACUCUAUGGUACUACACAAAAAUCAUUAAUGAUAUCAAGGUGGUGGUCGAAAGAAGACCACAUUUUACGUGCACAGCCACAUUGUGUGUUGUGUCAUUCUCAGUUGCCAGCAUUUGUGACUCUCCCGGCCCUCAAAACUCCCUGUCCCUUUCUAAAUUCCUAAAAAAAUCAGGUGAUCCCCCAAACCUUAUAAAGAAUAGCAGUGAGGAUCAAAGGAUUUUCGCAAUUCCAAACCUCUAUCGAUCCUAGCUUGUCAUGUCUUCAAGAACUCUCCAAUGGCUAAGCCUUGUGGGCAUUAUAUGGCUUCAGUCCAUAAAUGGGACAAACUCAAACUUUCCAGCUUAUUCAUCCCAACUCAAGAACCUUCUUUCCAUUUCCCAAGUGCAACUCAACAACCUUGCCUUUGCCUCAGAUGCAGGAAAACUCUUAGGUUGGCUUUCUGGGAUAGCAGUUGUUUACCUACCACUUUGGCUGGUUCUCAUCAUUGGUUCUUCCCUAGGGUUGCUUGGUUAUGGUUUGCAAUAUCUUUUCCUUUCAAACCAGAUUUCUCUGUCAUACGUGCAUAUUUUCGUGCUCACUGUUGUGGCAGGAAAUAGUAUUUGCUGGAUCAACACCGUUUGUUACGUUGUUGCCAUACGAAAUUUCCCAUCUGAUCACCAGGUUGCGGUCGGAUUAACAACUAGCUACCUAGGACUAAGUGCAAAGAUUUACACAGAUACUGUAAAUGCUGCCUUUUCUUAUUCACCAGUUGAGAGAGCUAAAGGCUAUCUCCUUCUCAGCUCUAUCCUACCCGUUAUAGUUAGUGUUAUAACUGCACCACUGGCCAGAGAAGUUGAAGUUGGAAGGCCAAGAAACAUGGGAGUUGGGUUCAUAGCCUUGUUUGUGAUAACAAUGGCAACUGGGGUCUAUUCUGUGAUCAGCAGUUUGGAGUCGAUAUCAGGUAAAUUAUCGCCAUUGGGUCAUGCAAUUGGCACCGGUGUGUUCUUAUUUGCCCCUCUAGCAAUUCCAGUUGCAGAGAAAAUUAUCGAAGUAGUCAGAAAAUGCAAUGUAAAUAUAGAAAACAAAGUGUAUCAUUUUACUAUAGAAGAUAACAUUGAAGGUGCGGAAAGAAUGGAGAUCGAAUUAAAAGAUACGAGAGGGGAAUUAGGAGCCGGUGAAGUUCGUCAAGAGAGGGAAGGUGCAGAAACAAUGGAGAUCAGUGGGGUAAAAGAUCAGAGUGGAGAUCAAGGUGGCGAAGUUCGUGUUAAAGAGGAGAUUGAAGUGAAGGUGAUGCUAAAGAGAUUGGAAUUCUGGUUAUAUUUCUUCGUCUAUUUUUUUGGUGCAACACUUGGUCUGGUGUUUCUGAACAACUUGGGACAAAUAGCCGAGUCUCGUGGGUACUCGGGGAGAGGGACGUCUUCUUUGGUCUCUCUUUCUUCUUCUUUUGGAUUCUUUGGCCGUCUCAUGCCAUCCCUUGUGGACUACUACUUCGCAAGGACCAAGUGUACGAUAUCAAGACCAGCUUCAAUUGUAGCAUUAAUGGCUCCAACUGCUGGAGCUUUCUUCUUACUUGUCGACAAGACCAACCUCUCUCUCCACAUCAGCACUGCCAUUAUAGGAGUGUGUUGUGGAGCAAUCACUACGGUCGCCGUAUCCACAACCACCGAGUUGUUUGGGACAAAAAAUUUCUCAGUGAAUCAUAACGUGGUGGUUGCAAAUAUCCCAAUAGGAUCCUUUCUGUUUGGUUACUUGGCAGCCAUUCUUUACAGCAAGGAAGGAAAUGGCCGAGAUAAUGGGAAAUGCAUGGGAGUGGAGUGCUACAGAAACACUUUCAUCAUCUGGGGUUCCCUUUGUUCUCUUGGAACUUUUCUUGCUUUUAUUCUAUACGCUCGAACUAGAAAAUUGUAUUUUCAAAACGGACAAGUUUUGAAUGUCAAUUUUGCAUGACAAACAAUGAAUAAUUAUAUUCAUAUAAUAGUUAAGUGCAGUAAACGAAAUAUAUACAUACCAUUAUGGAUUUUGUUGAUCA